AUGUCCUCAUUGGGAAUCCAAUCCCGCACCACUGUCGCUGUUCGAGACACAGGUUAUCAUCUAUCAGGUUGUAGCGCAUACAUGGCGAUUAUAUUCAAAAAUCUCUCAUGCUGCAUGAAACACGCCCCGGAAUACCUUGUCCUCGUCGUACCAAUCAUUAUCUGGCUCUUUAUCUUAGCCCUUCAUCAAACUUAUAAGGGAUUCAAAGAGGUUAUCGAGGACUGGAAGAGUCAUGAAGCCUCAGAGAAAUCGGGACAGAGAUUCCGGCAGGGAACUGAUCAAGCUACCGGAAAGCCGAAGAGAAAGAAUCAUCGUGGGGGAGUCAAAGCGAAGAAGGCGAGAGGCAAGCGAGAGGACACCGGAAGCUCGAAUUCUGGGGAGAACUAA